GACUAAUUAUUUCCAUAUUGUACUUACAAUGAGUUUUUAAAAAUUAUGAAAGAGAUGACUAUAUACAAUCAAUGCUAUUUAUUGUACCUCUGGGCCCUACUCUUCCAAAAAUUGAACUUAUCAAUUUUCUCUGUCAAGCUUGAACUAAUGUAAAUAAUUGAAAUAAUGUAAAGUUAUAUUUUCAUGUUUUUAUAGAUAUGACAUGACACGAAUACAUAAUGUAUGAGUAUCUCAAGUGUGAAUAAUGUUGAUUGGCUAAUGCAGAGCUCAGUUAUAGGCAGUAAAACCUAGUUCAAUAUCCAUGUAACAGUGUAUCAGUUUAUUGCUGUAUAGAUGUGUCUGUGUGCAUUUAAGUGAUAAGUGCUCCAAUAAGAGUGAUGACAGCUGUCUAGAGGUUUUUUUUAUUCAUUUUAUAUAAGCUGUUAUGGAAAGACCAAAAUGUUUAUGAACUAUUCUUAUGUAAAUUUACAACUGCCCUUCACUGUACUUUUUGCUUACAGUAUAGGGCCUUGUUCUCUGCUGUGUUAAGUGGGUGACACACUCCAAGGAGACAUACAAUCUCUACAACUUCUAUUGAAGAUGCUUGGAUUUCCAAUUUUUCAUGCGUGCUAUGUCAGAAAAUGCUUUUAAUUUUAUUUUUAAACAUAACAUCUGAUGGUUUUUUCAGAGUGUUGUGAAACUUCAGUCAUACAUAAAAUAUGUUCUUAUAUAAAGUCAAGAUCCUUUUUUUUUGGGUUUUUACUUAAUAGUACAUCAAUCUAAGAAUGAGAAGCCAAAUAAGUGUAUCUUAUAUUAUCCCCAAAUAAAUCCAGAUGUUUCUAGUAAAAGAGGGGAAUCUCUGCUCAGUUUGUCAGCUAUGUAUGAAGAGAAUAAAAUUAGAAUGUCUUUUGAAAUUUAAAAUAGGAUGAUUAGUAAUUCUGAUAUUCCACACCCAUAGUCAUUGAGGGCUUUGGGCAUAUAUGGAAGUGUGGCUAAUGAGUUUGUAAUAUGCUCCAUUGAUAAAAUGCCAUGUUUUGUAUCAGCCAUCCUACUGUGCCAUCAUCGCAUCUGCUAUGGUACUCACAUUAAAAAGCAGGAAAGCAACUCGCUUUAAAAUAUUUAUGGUUUGAUAUUUAAACAUUGUCCAUUUAUUUUGACUUAAAGAAAAAUUCUUUCCAUUCUAACUUUUAUUCACAAAGCCGGUCAUUUGAACCCAAUCCUGUUAACAUGUUCUCUAAAGUUAUUCUAACAUUAUAGCUCUUCAGACUUGCCCAUAAAUUUAUAAAACUUUUAUACUUAAAUGUAUCAAAUAUUUAACACAUGAAUAUAUGGGUGCAUCUGCUUAAAGCACAGUCAUUUUACAUUACAAGUCUCUAAACGCUGUGGAUAUUUUGAUGGAUCAUGAUACCACACUGAGAAUAAGCAGAGAAUUACUACCAGUAUUUCUACGAAAAUAUUUCCAGUACCUACCAUGCCUUGAUUAUGUCAAUCAUUUUUUAUUUUUAAUAAGCACACGCGUGUGUAUCUGGUGUGGGAAGUGCAGAUUGAGUAUAAGUGUCUGCUGGUAGCUAAGGUGAGCCCAGAUGCACCAGACCUAGAACAGGAGUUAUUAAUAUUUGUGAGCUCCCAUGAUGGGUUUGGGAAAACGAAUCUGGAGCAACAGCAAGUGUGCUCUCUCAGUGACUGAGUAAUUCCUUAGCCCCAUAAUAUUAUUUUUUAAAAAGGUUUUUUUUUUAACCUCUUGCAGUUCAUUUAGACUGUGAUACACCAAUUUCUCCACUUUCUCCCUUUCUUUAUCUCGUGGCAUUCUGGAGGUACUUGUCUGUAUGAUUAGAGUUACCCAAGGACUUCUCUUGUGGAUGAGUUUCGAUGUAUUUAAACUUGUUUUCUGCUGAUCAAGUUGAUUGUGCCUUACUUUUGGGUGGUCCACUAGUCUGUCUUGUGAAAGACAGUGCAGUUGUCAAUUCAAAGGUACCUUUUUGGUUUUUUACUUUUAACUCAUAUGGAAUAAGCAGGGGUUUGAUGGAAUGACUUACAAAAAUUCUUUAUCACAUCAACAUUAGUUGGAAAUACCUACACCAACAAUAGUACAGUGCUGAUUUUGGACAGUAAGAUUAAAUAAACUUGACAAACUUUAUGAAUAGAUUCACAGGAAGCUUACUAAAGGAAGUGUCCGAAAGUUUCACAUGUGCUUUAGAAAUGGAAAAAUGGUACAAGGUGCUUUGGCACUUAACACUGGUUCAUUUUACAACACCAUCAUGGACGAUGGGUAAGUAUGCUCACACUGCUCUGGUAUGCUCAAUAAAAGCUUGAGGAAGAACUGGGUGGUCUGUAACAUAUCGAAUUAAAUCUUUUUUUUUUUUUUAAAAAAAAGGCUUUUAAUGACUUGUCUUGGUUAAAGCAUAGCACAGGCCAUUUUGUUAAAUACACAAUAAUAACAUUGUAUGUUUUAAAAGAGCAAACCAGCACACAAUACUCCAAGUAACUAUGGUUCAAAUCUACUCAUGUAAACAUGCCACAAGCUCUAAGGGAAAUGUCCAGAGCUAAUCUGGAUCAGAAAGAAUUUGUGAAUGCUUCAUGUCCUUUCUCUAUGUAACACCUUCUUGCUUUACAUUUUAAAUUCUCUUUGAACCCUUAGAUACAGCUGACACUUUUCAUUUGUUAUACUUCAGGUGGUCCUGCAGGGUUUAAGUUUUGUUUAUCUUAUGCCAUCAUAUCCCUUCCCUAUGUCUUCCAUCUAAGCUUUACUUGCCUCAUGAGAGAUUUUGUUUUGAGAGUAUUUGCAAUGCAGGUCACUUUGUCAGAAAUAGGCACGAUGCUUUCCAAGUCUUUUUAAUGACAAAGGAUUAGGAAUUUCUCAAAUGAAGUAGAAAGUUUCUGCUUGGCUCCACGGAUGCCUCACCCACAUAUCCUGACCCAACCCUUGCCGAUUUGGUACAUUCCUCCAUGCACUGAAAACCUUCGCAAUCUGGGGAGUGCCUGGAGGACUUGGGGUGCUCGGAUGAGGCAGGAAGAAUGAGAAUGCUGCCUUAUGUUUUCCCAUCAGGGCUUAGGAAAGCCACCUCACCAUUAACACAGCCUGUUCUUUAUGCUAAUUCAACUCCCUAGGAUUUUAAGACUUCUUUGCCCUUUCUCUCACUAAGUAAAGAAUAAGCUAAUUUUUCUAUUCAACAGCCAAACUCCUUUCAGAUAUGAAUAAACUCGGUUUUAUUUAUUAUGCCUGAAUUUACUGAAUAAAUUUGGUCAUUUUCUCUCUUUCUUUUUCCUUUCAGGUUAAUGUGCCAAUUUCAUUUUACUGUAAAUUGGAAUGUGGGGGAGUGGAUUAAACUCUUGGGAGGGAGUCAAGUCCAGGACUCUAGCUUUUCCUUCCCCAUUUCCCUCACCUCUCUGUGUCUCCUCACCUGGAGUAUGUGGAUACUAGCACAGUUUCCCCGGAAUGAUGAAAGGAAAGACUCUAUCUUUUGUUAAAUGAUGCUUGAAGAAGCAGGCUCAUGCAUGGGAGUGCCACUCAGUGCAAAAAAAAAGUCUUUGUUAUUCGGUUAUAAAUGGUUUUUAUCAUCUUAAGACGCUAGUCAGUUUUACCUGAGAGCAUCCAUUCAUAACUCACUAAUUUGCCCAUUUUCGCUAAGAAAUGCUUAUUGAAUCUAUUCUUAAGUAGUAUUUAUUAAAGAUAAGCGCUAAAUUCAAAGCCUGUAUUCUUAAGAAGUUUCAUGCUUCUGAUGAGUUCCCAGUCACACAGAAAAAAUGUGGAUUCAGAAUUAUUCUCGGAGAACUAAGAAUGAGGUCUCCACUCCACCAGAACUUAUUCUUUAACGCAGGACAGUGGUCUGGUAACAUUCAUCAGAAACCUUCCCUGACAUGGACUCAAAUUUCCCACUCAAAGAAAGCUUAUAUAUUAUAAGUUGCUCCCUUCUGUUCUACCUCUGUUCUCACAGAGUCAAAUUCAGUUUAUCAAUAAACACCACAAUUUCACUAUGCUAACCUUUGCCUCCUACAUAGUUUAGCUUACGUGUACCUAAAAUCCAUCUCACUUGAUAUGUGUAUUUUGUAUGGCCUUUGAAGAAUCUUGAGUCCAUAGAGAAACAGUAUAUUGCGAUCAAAUGGCAACUGAAAUUUAAAUGACAGCAGAUAAUUUCCCAACCAUGAAUUCAGAAUCCCAACAAUUCAGAAUUUAUCAAUGCAAAUGGUUAAAAGAAGAUAGCAAUAUUUAUUAUUCUUUAAUUUAUUUCUUUUGUAUUAAAUCAUACAUGAACUCAAGAGAACUAGUUUGCUUAAAAUGAGAAAGAUUUUAGAAGAAUUAACAGUUUCAAUUUACAUAUAUAUAUAUAUGAUUUAGGAGUGCACAUGUUAAAGUCACUUAUUUCAAUCAUUGCCACUCAUUAUGUUACUAGUAAUAAUAGGUAAAACUACAUUUGCUAAGCAUCAGAAUCAAUCUCAAUUAAAAAUUAAGAAAUGCAUAUUUUCCAUUUAUUUUAUUCAACUUUUCAUAAUACAAUUUACAGGUUUUUCAGAAAUCUACAAUAUUUUUCUCAGCAUCUUUUGGUCAAAAAUUUUUUGAUAUAAAAAUUCCUAUUGUUAUAGGAGUUUUGUGAUUUAAAUUUUGGAUGUAUUGGAUUCCUACCUAAAGAAGCACUUUUGUGUAAAUCCACAGGUUUAUGAAACAGCACCAUGGGAAUGAUUAGCAAGGGCCUUGAAACAAAUACGUAGACUGUCGAAGUCAAAAGUACCAACACCUAACAUUCUUACUUGGCCUCUGCUUUCUGGUCUUCAGCUCCAUUCCCGAGUCAAACCCUGUUUGGGUGGUUGGUGAACAAAUUAUAGAAUAUUUUUAUUCAUCUAAACCAUAUGUCUUGUAGACAGGUACAACAACACAUUGCACGGGGUUCCCAGGUCAUAGCUGUCACGUGCUCUCGGUAUGUCCUCACACAGCUGUGCCUUACUUCCCAGGAGUGAGUGCAGAUUAGCAGUGCCACUGUCACUUCUACUUAGGUUACUUUUAGAAUGAAAUGCAAUUUUGGAUUUAUCAUUGUACUUAAUCUGUAUCUUAAAAGGUUGUCAAGUCUGUUUAUAUGCCUUAUUGUGUUAGCUAUUCGUGUUAAUGAGACAAACGUGUCUGUUCAUUUUGAUUUAAUGUUUUUUGUGUGUUUCUGUGUGUGUAUGUUCAUGUGUGUAUUAAAAAUAUU